AUGAUUGGAUCCGAAUUUCAACUUCAUCGUGAUUUUCUGCUUGAAAUUUUCGAUUACUAUGAGGUCGACAAAGGUCUUAUUGUAUUAAAGAGUGCCCCUUUACGCUAUGAACCAUUUACAGGUACCGAUUUACAAUUUUACCAAGAAGCAAUGUUUUACUGGAUGACAGGAUGGGAGAAACCAGAUUCUGCAAUCUUAAUAGAUAUCCAAUCAGGUGAAUCAACGCUUUACAUUCCAAAAUACGACGAAAAUUAUGAAAUCUGGACAGGUCCAAUUCCAACAACAGAAUAUAUCAUGUAUAUUACAGGUGUAGACUAUGUCAAAUGCAUUGACGAUCUAGAAUAUGAUAUUGAAGGACAAGAAAUUUAUGGAGCACUUGAUCAGUUCCCAGAGCAAGAUCAGAAAGCAUUACUUGCUGCUGCAGGUAUGGCAAGAAGAGUUAAGACCCCUUACGAAAUUGAACAAAUAACAAAAGCCUCAAAAUUAACUUCAGAAGCAAUUAUUCAUGUUAUGAAGAAUAUAAAGCCAGGAUGGACAGAACAACAAGUUGAUGCCGAAUUUACAUACUACGGUUUCAAAAAUGGAGCCAAAGAAAAAUCUUUUUUGACAAUUGCAGCUUCUGGACAAGAUGCUGUUUAUUUACAUAACGAAGCUAACGAAGGAAUCUGUAAGGAUGGUGAUUUGUUAUUACUUGAUUGCGGAUUCUUCGUUAAUCAUUACGCAGGAGAUAUUACAAGAACUUUCCCUGUUAAUGGCAAAUUUACACCCAUUCAACGUAAUGUAUACUCGAUAUUACUUGAGAAGCAAAUAGAACUAUGUAACUUCGUUAAGCCUGGUUUGUCAUUUCGGAAUUUAAAUUCCAAAAUGAGUGAUUUAAUUUACGAAUGUCUUGAAGCGAUCGGAGUGAUCAAUAUGGAAAAAGAAGUCAAUAACAAACAUCGUGAAGACAUUGCUGAUAUAUUUACUCCUCAUUCAGUGACUCAUCACCUUGGAUGUAACGUUCAUGAUGUUCAUUACGGUUAUUCUGACAUAAUCUUUGAGAUUUAUGAGAAAGCGAUCAAGCUUGAACCAGGAUUUGUCAUUACAAUCGAACCUGGAAUUUAUUUCCAUAAAGCAAGGAUCCAGAAGAUCAUUGAAGAGAAGAAUUUGCCUUUCUAUGACUGCGUUAACUGGGAAUACGCUCUAACUCUCGCAGAUCAAGUUGGCGGAAUCAGAAUUGAAGAUGAUCUCUUAGUAACAGAAACAGGUGCAGAUAGAUUAAGUCCUUGCCCCAAAUCAUGUGAUGAAAUAGAAGAAAUUAUGGCUUCAGGUGUAUAA